CAAACUCCAACAUAAAAAAUGUCGAAUCUUGGGCUGAACCAACGUUAUCACUUACUGUGCUUAGCCUUCGCGAUAAUCAUCAUUGACCGAAUCCACAUUGGGACUGCCAUCGAAUGUGGCACGGUAAAUUUAUUUCGUGAACUCAUCUCAGGUGGAAAUGAAGUGCUUCGAGACGAGUGGCCGUUUAUUGCGGCGCUGCAUUAUUCUGGCUCAUUAAAGUACUUCUGUGGCGGUACAAUAAUAUCCAACAAGCAUGUGCUCACAGCCGCCCAUUGCAUCCACGGGAAGUUUUCAAAUGUUAUUCUUUCGCCUGAUGAGUUGACGGUACGUCUUGGAGCUUACAAUCUUACAGCGACAAAUGAGUCUGGAGUUGUUAACAGAAAUGUUACUCAAAUUCAUGUACAUCCCGAUUGGAACGUACUCGAAGAGAAAUAUGACGCAGACAUUGCCAUUUUGGUUCUCAACGAAAAUGUUACAUUUUCAAGUCAAAUUCGUCCAGUUUGCGUGCCCAUGGAUGAUGAUACCAUUGAAGGAGAUAAAGGAACGGUGGUCGGCUGGGGUUUAACGGAAAAUGGAACUGCUGAAGGAAUUCCAAGACAAACCGACUCAAUGGCCUUGAAUGAUUCGUACUGUUACAGAGCCGAUAAUGUUAUUGCAAGGUACUCUUCGGAACGUUCGUUUUGCGGGGUGGGUAGCGGAACACCCAACAAAGGCGAUUCUGGCGGCGGUUAUUUUGUGAUCAUUGGCUCCGCUUGGGUUCAAUGUGGAAUUGUAUCAGUGGUUCGCACAAACACUAUCGGACAAGUUGCUAUUGGCUCAUUUGCCAUCUACACGAAGUUAACGUCCUUCACACGCUGGAUAAACGAAACUGUUAGACAAUCCGGAAGUUCGGUAAGCGAAGCAACAAUUAAAAUCAAUCUGCACUGCACUUAUCAGUGGAACAGUGAUGGGAUUUAUGGUUGCUGGCUGCUUGAUUUGAAUAUUCGAAAACCGAAUUUUCUGGCAAAUUCUGUCACCGGUUCUCAUAAACGUGAACAGAAGGAUAGGGAUGUUGAGCGGAUUGCAUUUGUGGGUGGUGUAAUGCAUUUUCUUCCUGAUAAUGUUGGACGUAUGUUCAAGAACCUAAAGUACCUCAGUGUAGAAAAGACGAGGUCAGUGUCGAUUGAUACCAAGCGCAUCUGUCGGUCAAAUUUCCAGAACUUAGAACAUUUGGAAGGCAUUCGAUUGUUGCAUAAUGUCAUUGAGGAAUUAGAUGAAGAUUCUCUGUGGGAUCUGCCGAAUUUACGAUCAAUUGAACUCAACAAUAAUAUGCUCAAAUUACUGCAUGCGUCUACAUUCAGCAGAAAUUCGAAACUGACGAAAGUGUUCGUUUACUCGAAUGUCUUAAAAGCGUUGCCGCCGACUUUAUUCGAAAACAAUUCCUUGCUGGAAGUGAUUGUCUUCAGUGGAAAUUCCAUUGAGACGAUAGCCGAUGGAAUUUUCGAUGCGAAUAUCAACCUGAAAAUAGUUUCUCUUGCAGUAAAUCGUUUGGAAUCGGUUGGCAGCAAUUUAUUUCGAAAUAACUCAGAAUUGGAAUCCGUCGAUUUCUCUAACAAUGCUCUCAAGACCAUUGACGAACAAACCUUUAGCACCAAUUUCAAACUUAGUGCACUUUUCCUCGCAUCAAAUGAGUUGGAAUCUAUUCCCCCACAGCUAUUGCAGAACAAAACGCUGAUGAAGGUAAUCAAUUUCGGAAAAAAUUUAUUGAAAUCCAUAGACGACCGAUUGUUCGAAACAAACAUAAGGCUCAGUGAGAUCUAUUUGUGGUCAAAUGAGCUGAAAGUUCUGCCCAGACAUUUAUUCCACAACAAUUCAGCAUUGGAAGUGGUCGAUCUUGGUAAGAAUCUCAUCGAGACAAUAGAUGAAACUCUCUUCGAAAACAACGCCCUACUUCGAAAAGUCUCUUUAGCGUCCAAUCGCUUAGAUGCAUUGCCCGGUCACUUGUUCCAACAUAAUUCACAUCUUGAAUUGGUAAAUGUUCGAGGCAAUUUCUUGGUGGAAAUGAACGAACACACUUUCGAAGCGAAUGAAAUGCUGAGAGAAGUCUAUUUGGAAGGAAAUUUUCUCCCAUUUCUACCCAUCGAAUUAUUCACAAAUAAUUCACGGCUAGAGAUCGUUGAUUUGGGCAAUAAUUCAUUGGAAGCAAUAGAUGAGCGAAUUUUCAACCAUAACCUGAAUCUCCGUCAGAUCUAUCUAUCGGACAAUAUAUUGGAUACCCUACCGACAAACCUGUUUGAACGAAUGGAGUAUCUGGAAAUCAUUGAUCUGUCCGCAAAUUUCAUUGAAACAAUUGACGGAAAUAUUUUCCGCACAAAUUUAGGACUCACGAAAAUCUCUUUCGAAGGAAACCGAUUGCAAUCGCUGCCGAGGAAAUUAUUCCGAAGAAACAAAUUGUUGCGACACAUCGACUUCCGCGGCAAUUCCUUGAAGGUUAUUGGAAUUGAUUUCACUAAAAUUAAGAGUGCUUUUCACAUCAAUCUCUACAAAAAUGUUUGCGUAGACGCCGUGUUUUACAAUGCUAACGAUUCGGCGACAUUUUUUCGCAACAAAUUUGAAAAUCUGACACAAUUUCAAGGCAUAAUCACAGCUAACUGUUCGUAUGCUAAAAAGCGUCCAUCAUCUGAUACCAUUUGGAUAGAAUAAGCCGCUUCAGUUGAUGAAGUGAAAAUGUUGGCAUUUGAAUCAUAAAUAAAGUUUUGAUAACAAAC